GCUCAUUUAUGGACAACGCGCGUAGACUGCAGGUCUGACUUGAGCAUACGGCGGGACGGAAUAACGCUCUGUAGAGCAGAAGGCUGUUCACGUGCAUUUUCGGAAAACUUUUCCGUUGACGUUUAUUAAGAGCCGCCUAUGAGUCUCCGGCGAGCGUGAGCGCUCGUUUGAUUAUUUUUGCUUACACGGUCUCGCGCAGCGCAGCUCUUUGGUGUCUGUCUGACUGGAACUUUUUCAAGGAUUUCGUCGAUGAACUUGUUGCGGUGAGUCCCCUUUAAACCCACACGGCCUGUGUUGUACUCUGUUUCUAGACUAUGGAGGUUCCGGGGGAGGCUUGCGAGUCCCCAGACGCAGGUUUUCACGGACCUUACCAGAGCGUUUUCCAAAACGUGCGCGUCGCGAGAGAGAGCAACGCCGAGAGUUUGGACUUUUUUAGCUCCAAGAAGCGCGGCUGCCUGCUGGAGACCGCGUCGAUGGAAAUGCGUUUAAACAAGCUGGCCCCCAGCAAGGGAAUAAUAUGCUGCCCCGAGAAAGAGUGCGAGAGUGCGAGUUCAGUGAUGCGGAGUUCAACAGGAAGUAAAUGCGACACGUCCUUGUCAAGCUCGGGCCGCGCAGACGCCACCGAAAGCAGCGGCAGUCGCGCAGGUUUCCUUUGGGGCGCAGAGAGCGGACAGAAGGGCUGCGCUGAGGCUGAAGUUAACUCGCACUGUGACGCAAGAGUGGCGAGUAGUAGUCGCGCGUGCAACAACAACACCACCACCACCACCAGCACCAGCAGCAGCACCAGCACCAGCAGCAGCAGUAGCAUCUCGGAGACAACACGAGAGCUGUGCAAAGCCGUGUCCGUAUCUUUGGGCUUAGCUAUGGAGUCCAGCGAACUGGGCGAGGUGGGACCGCACCAUGCGCCGCCGCCCCUGACCACUAAAAGUAGUAGCGAGGAAAUCUAUUUGUUUGGAAUGCCUUUAUUCAACUGCUCAGUGAGCGAACGGGAAGCAGGAGGGAAAGAAAGAGAGUACGCUCUCACGGCGGGACGAGACAGAGGCGCAGAGCUGCGAGGCAGGGACAAAGUGCUCGAGAUGUUUAAAAGUGGCGACCUGGAGCAGCUAGCAGGUGAAGUGACGACCUUGCAGUGCAGCAGCGCGUCUCGAUCACACCUAACCGCGGAUGUGCAGGGUGUGCAUGAGUUCGCCAGCUUGUCCGGGGACAUUGACAACUUGAGUUCAGAAGGUACGGCAGCGACGACAGCACCGGGCAUGGACUCAACGCGAGCGGCUUCGUGCCAGUUCGAACAACUGUUGCCCGCGAGCAUGGCCCAUUUCGUGCAACCGGAGCUCGAAAACGGACCGAGCCAGAGCUUCGCGAAGCCCGCGGAGAUGUCCGGCGAGUUCGCGGGCCCCGUGGAGGAUUACGUUAAUCUCUAUAAUGUCAAAAUCAAGGCGGAGAUGAUGCCCCGUGAACUAAAUGAUACUUGGGCGUACCCGCAUAGGUACGCUGAGGACUGUAACGGCCAGUACGGGACUCCCAAACAUAGGACCCCUUACGCAUCUGGCCACGAUACGCCUUUUAUCUGUAACCCCUACGAGUACGGCCGAAACGAGGCUCUGGUUCCGCGGGAGCGACCUCCGCCCGGACAGUGGUACCCCGGCGGGAUGUUGACCCGUCCCCCUUACCCUAACAUGCCCUGCUUGAAAAACGAGAUGGGCAACUGGCUGGAUGUAACAUCAUUUACGGAUGGCAGGUUUGAUGGAGGGAGGAGUGAUGUUUUCCCAAUGGAGUUUUUCCUUCCUCCACAAAGGAUAUGCCUAAUCUGCUCAGACGAAGCAUCUGGAUGUCACUAUGGAGCCCUCACUUGUGGAAGUUGCAAAGUGUUCUUUAAGAGAGCUGCUGAGGGGAAGCAGAAGUAUCUCUGCGCUAGCAGGAAUGACUGCACCAUAGAUAAACUGAGGAGGAAGAACUGUCCAUCCUGCCGUCUGAGGAAGUGUUUCGAGGCUGGGAUGACCCUGGGAGCCCGCAAGCUGAGGAAGAUCGGACAGAUGAAAUGUCCGGAGGAGGUCGGCCCUGUUCAGGGCCCAUCAGAGACACUCAGGUGCCUGUCGCCCAAGCCCAGCCUGACGUUCCACUCACAGUUGAUCUUCCUGAACAUCCUGGAGGCCAUCGAGCCCGAGGUGGUGAAUGCUGGCCAUGAUCAUGCUCAGCCUGACUCGGCAGCUGCUCUCCUCACCAGCCUUAAUGAGUUGGGAGAGAGGCAACUUGUCAAGGUAGUGAAAUGGGCCAAAGGACUUCCAGGUUUCCGUAACCUGCAUGUGGAUGAUCAGAUGACAGUCAUACAACACACCUGGAUGGGAGUGAUGGUCUUUGCACUGGGUUGGAGGUCCUACAAGAACGCCAACGCGCGGAUGCUGUUCUUUGCGCCAGACCUGGUCUUCAAUGAUCGUAGGAUGCAUAUCUCCAGCAUGUACGAGCACUGUGUUCAGAUGAAGCACCUCUCGCAGGAGUUUGUGCUGCUGCAGGUCACACAGGAAGAGUUCUUUUGCAUGAAGGCCCUCCUCCUUUUCAGCAUCAUUCCAGUGGAGGGGCUGAAGAGUCAGAAGUGUUUUGAUGAGCUGCGUCUGACAUACAUAAACGAGCUUGAUCGUUUAAUCAACUAUGGCAGGAAGACCAACUGCGCCAUGCGCUUCCAACAGCUGACCCGACUGAUGGACUCACUGCAACCAAUUGUUCAGAAGUUGCACCAGUUCACCUUUGACCUCUUUGUCCAAGCUCGGUCUCUGCCCACGAAGGUCUGCUUUCCCGAAAUGAUUGCAGAAAUCAUCUCGGUCCAGGUGCCAAAAAUCCUCGCCGGCCUGUCUAAACCAAUCCUGUUUCACAAAUGACAAGACUACACCCCUGAACUACUGAUCCAUACCAACCCUACCCAGGCCAUAUGAGCCAAUCAGUUUGGCCUAAUCCAGUUUGGUCCAGCCUAAACCAGCCUGCAAUGCUUUUAAUCUGGACUCGAAUCGAGCGACGGGACUGAAAGAUACAGAUUUUUUUAAUUUUCCUUUUUUAUUUUUUAGAAUUUUUCCCAUUCUAUCCCUCCCUCCCUUUCUAUAUCAGUCUCAUCUCUCUCUCUCCUUUUGAAAAAUGGCCCUGAAAAGUAGCAGGACCAUUACAUCAUUACAGUUGUCUAUCUUCUCCUCAGAGAUCAUUUGAGCUCAUUUUCUCAAACUGACAGCAUGGUGUGAAGCAGGUUUUGUUCUUUCUUUCAACCAGCAGUUAUCCUUCAAGAGUUACAACGUGGUGGGCAGGUUGGAGAAAAUAUCACACUGAAAUUUCAUCUGAGCCCAUAAUCAAAA